UGUUAUUAUUUUCGUUAAGGGUUGAAUUUCAGGCAUGCAUUUAUAAAUAAUCCAAAGCGUUUCAAUGGUGUUUUUUAUAAUAUGCACACAGUGCAAUGCCGAAUAAAGGUAUAGAACUGAAUCGUAGUAGUCACUCAAUGGAUAAUAAGGUGGUUGCACCUGUACCCCAACAUGGAGCUGCUAGCAAAGUGGUUCCUGGUGCUACAAAGGUGCCUGUUGUGAAGAGCGUAAAAGACGCGGCCAUGUCUCCGGGAGCCCCAUCUAGUGGUGAUGUAGAGCGCACAGAACUGUUAGGCUCACUGACCACACAGCAACAACAGAGGACAAGCGCCAGGGUGAUCAAGAAGCUUCGACUGGAACCACCUGCUGAUAGGGACAAGAGACCCGAUAUUCCAGAAUGCGAGACUCCAAACAAAAUAGACGAGAAAGACCUAAAGUUUCCCACAGUAAAACAGAGAAUGCCAAAAGCCCUCUGGUCUACUGACGAAAAGAAUUUGUUCUUCGAGGCUCUGAAUGAGUAUGGGAAGGAUUUUGAUGCCAUUACUGCUUACAUCUGCGCUAAGAUGAAGAAGAAAGGCAUGCCUGAUGUCAACUUAAAGACUAAGACACAAGUCAGUCACUUCUACUACAGGACAUGGCAUAAGCUGUCCAAACAUGUGCACUUUGAUGAGAAUGUAAAGAAAGUGGCUCAAGAGUUAUACGCGUUAAUAAACUACGGGGAACUUCGCAAGAAGUUGGUCUCAGUGAACGAGAAGACGUGCGCUCGGCUCGGCGACAUGGUACUGUGUGGCAGUAUCGUAGUGCGCGCGCGCGGACGCAACCUGCGGGUGCGCACGCCCAUGUGUCGCGCGCUCAGGAGGCUUAAUCAAAUCACUGAGCGUGCGUGCGGCGCGCGCGUGUGUUCCCGCGCGCAGGUGGCGCUGCGCGCGCGCGACGCUAUGUCGUGGGCGCGCGUGCAGGCCGCCGCGCACAACCCGCGCGCCGCGCUCGCCCUGCCGCUGCGGGCGCGCCUGCACGCGCUCAUACGCGCGCUGCAGCACCGCUGGAGGGAACCUUCUACGUUCAAGCACAAGAUGUGUGAUAGCAUAGAGAUAAAAGCAGACGACACGCAGAAGGAGGUAGAAGAUUGCCCAUGUAUGGAGGAGAGUGAACCAAAUAGAGAACUGGAGGAACAUCUCAACUUGGAGACUGACAGGAUUAUUGUACAAGAACAAAAGGCCCCAAAGAAGCUGGCCCUCCACGUGGGCCCCAGACCGGGGGCCGACAUCCACCUUCCAGUGAUCAGUCCUAGUGAACAGCUCUCCAGCCAGAAGAUAUGCUUCUCCUCAUAUCUUGAACGAAUGGGAUCGCAAAGGGACAAGGAUGGCGGCGCAAAAAUACGUACACCGAAACGUCAGCGAAAAGACAGCGCCACAGACAAAGAUAAAGAAGAACAGAAGAAGUUCAAACUGGACGACUCGGACAAACUUAUCAAUAUAGAGGAAACUGCCAUUGACGGUAUAGAACUUAUGGCCAACUACAAAAUAUUACAAGAAGAUGAAGAGAAACCAAGCACAGAGGACGAGAAAGACCGAGAAAUCGCAGAAGAUGACGCUGGGUACCUGCCAGAGAGAGACAAGGAUAUGUCAGAGAGAGAGAAAGAUAGUUUUUCGGAAAUGGAGGACGACGAGAAGUAUAAUAAGAGCGACACGGACAAUGAAAGUGAUCACGGAAAAGAUAAAAACGGGAAGGAUACUCAGUUCAAGAAUUUGAAGGUAAAAUUCCGUAUUCGUCCAAAGAAGCGUGGCGGCAGUAUCUAUACUCUAGUCAUGGAUAAGGAUGCAGAGGAACCCAAGAUGGAGGAGACGAAGGUCGAGGAGUCGAAGGUCGAGGAGUCAAAGGUCGAAGAGUCGAAGACGGAGGAGCCGAGUAAGGAGGAGGAGGUCAAGCCAGAUAUUGAUGUAGACCUCGCUCUACGACAGAUUAGGAAAGGAUGGAGCGCGUCUGAUGCAGGAGACCUUACUAUUGGCGACUUGUAUCUUAUGUUCGGUUCCCGAUCUAAGCUAGAAUUAGAUUACUGGUGGGCGGAACCGACACCACCUUUACCGCAGCCACAAAAAUCGUCCUUACCCGCACCUACCUUACUGACGGAUAAACGCGACAAGAUAUCUGACAAAGGAGCCGACAGCUCAGUAGAAGAUGAGAAAGAGAGAGCUAGAGAGAGUGACAAUGAUAUUCUUUCCCCGAAGAACACGUACAGCCAGGACAGUAACGAUGGAAUGUCGGGAGACGAGAGGAAGUGUGAGCAGUUGGCGUCUCCGGACCAUAAGUCGUCAUCGGGCGGGGGGACCCUGAAACUGGUCAGCAAACUCAUCAACAGGCCACAGGCACCACAGACACAACAGAACGGGUUUGCUGUCAUGAGUGACAGGUUACGUCGACUACUGUGCCUAGUUGGCAACCCCCACGUGGGGGGCGCGGGGGCGGCGGCGGGGGGCGCGGCGAGGGCGCGCUGUCGCUGCCCCGCCACGUGUCCGCGCCGGACACACCAACACACGCUCGCGCUGCCACUACUGAAACCGCAGCAGUACACGUCCCCCGCGGCGGACAUGGCGGGCGCAGUGUUCCGGCAGCCCAUACCCAUCGCCCCGCGGCCCGGAGCAGAGUUGGCGCAGUCCGAGAUCCAGUGGGAAGGCCUGCCCCGCUGGCGGCGCGGCCGGCCCCGCCUGGCCGACCGCCGCGUCGUGGUACAGAGGCUACUGCCGCUACUGCCCAAACUGCCCGCUAAUGACAGUACGGCGGUGGGUCCGGCGAAGAAGGUGUCGGCCCCGUCGUCCCCGCCGCCGCCGCGACUGCUGCCUAAACCACCGCUACUCGCGCAAGACAAUAGCGUGUCGACGAUAGUGUACGUGGUGAGCGAGUCUAACGGCCAGUACUUCUUCCACGACGGCAACCGACGCAUUCCCAUCGUGCCGGAGAAACCGCUGCACCAACCUAUCCUCAUCAAAAAAGAAUGUCCAUCGGAAGACUCGAAGACGAACGGCAACGGAGUGCAGGAGCCAGGCCUCAGUCCGGAGGGAGGGGACGAGGGGGACAAGGGGGAGGGGAACAAACAGGAACAUACUGGCGCCACUACUGCACCACCGGAGUUCUUGUCGUCCGAGUCGAUGUCCCUGUCCCCGUCCCGCCUGCUGCAUGACGCGGAGGGCUGGCUGGACGCCGCCGAGCAUGACUUCUCACUGACCAGCUUCCUCGGACACCUCGAGGGGAGACCCAAUGUGGACUCCCACUUACAAUCUCUGAUGGCAGAGUCCAGCGUGGACUACGUCGCCAAGUUCGCAGACUUAGCUGCAGAAGUCACCGACGAACCAGACCAGGCUAGUGAGGAACCCACGUAGAAACCUACCUUAUUGCUAUAGGCAUAAAGUUCAUUUGUAAUGUAUAAUGUUUUAAUCAUAUGUAUGUCUAAAUGGAUGAAAUCUUAGAAUUUUGGUAUCUUCACGCUGAUUUGGUUGUCGAUUUUAUUACCUUAGGCAUUAAGUUCAUUUUGUUAUGAACGUUUUAUUGUGUGAUAUUUAUUUAUGUAUUAACUUCUAACCAGAUUUCGUUCCUUUGAAUAAAAAUUAAGUAUUCUAAUUAAAUAAAAUUGAAUUCUCAACGUUAUUGCCUUAGAGAUAAGGUUCAUUUUUUAAUUAUUGAUUUUAAUUAAGUUUUACUUAUGUGCUAACUCUGUUAUCGACUUUAUAAUCAUAUGUAUGAGGUUCAUUAUGUUAUGGACUACGUUUUAAUUGACAAACAAUCUGAUUAAGUAGAUUUUGCAAUACAUAAAAUUAAUAAAAACAAUUUGUAAAUACUUAAAAUUCAGUUAUGGACUUAAUUGCUAUAUUUAUAGAGUUUAUUCUUCUAUGAUGCUUAUACCGCUAAAUAAACUAUUCCCCUUGGAUAUAAGAUUCAUAUUGUAUUGUAUAAAGUUUUAGCCAUACAUUUUUAUGAUAUUUUGAUUCAUCAUGGAAAACUGAACCUUAUUCAAUGAGAUUAAGUUUUAUAAUUCUGUAACACUAUCUAUGAACGUUGCUUACCUAUGAUUUUAGAUGCAAAGGAAACUGAGCCUUAUGUAAUGUGUAUACGGUACAAAUUGUAUAUUAUUUAUUUGAUCUAGCAAUAAGAAUAAUUUUGUGAUACUUUAUUACGCAUUAUUUUUUAUAAUUUUACUUUAAGAUAAGGUCUCAACAACUUUAUUGUCAUCGGCAUACGGUUCAAUUUUAAUGUGUAACAUAUUAAGUGAAUUACUUCGUAUUGACUUAGGGCAAACAAUUUUACGAAAUUUUAUUACAACUUAUAAUCACCCUAAAGGAGACGAACAAUAAGAUACAUUAUCCUAUAACUUAAAUGAAAUGAUCACUAUUAUAGUAUAUAGUAUUGUUAAAUGCUGUGUUAUUUGCUAAUGUAGUUUACAAACAAACAUUUGUUAAUAUUUCAUUAUGGAUAAAUAUAUAAGGACAAUAUUGUUAAACAGCAUGUUACAUUAUAAUAUAAAAUA